AUGAAUUCUGUCUUUGGUUCAAACAUCACAAUAAAUCCUCCUGCUCUCACUGUCAGACAAAACGCAGAGGGGAAAUACAUAUCUCCAUUUCAUGGCAUUCCCAUCUACGCAGACGAGGCCAGCUCCAGGAGUUUCUGUAAGCGUGUUCUUCACGUGUUUGCAUCAGGUCUGAUGGAUCUCAGGAUCCGUGUGAAGGUGUUGGGGACUCUGGCUCUGAUCGACGAAGGAGAAACCGACUGGAAAGUGAUCGUGAUAAACGUGGAGGACCCCGAGGCUGAAGACUUCAACGAUAUCGAGGACGUCCGCAGACUGAAGCCCGGAUUCCUGCAGGCCACACUCGACUGCUUCUGGAUGUAUAAAGUGCCAGACGGGAAGCCAGAAAACCAAUUUGCCUUCAAUGCUGAAUUUAAGAACCGGGUAAAUAGAGCCGCCGCUUAA